UGACCCUAUAGAAUUUUUUCCAAACAUUUCUUCACCACCCAAAAACUCCCCAAUCUUAUUUUUUUUCUUACUGUUCCUCAAGAACAAUAUCAAAGAUCUUUGAUCUAGAUCGAUGGAAUCAUCUUCCAGUCACAUGACAUGUCUCUUGAAGAUAGAAUCUCCUAUGCGGGGAUGGAAGAAAUCCUUGGAAAACUUACUCAAGACUAUUAAUGAUGUGAGUUUUAUGAUUGACAAGCGAAGCAAAACGGUAUAUGUAACUGGGAAAAUCGAUCCACAGAUAAUACUUGAAAAGAUUACAAAAUCAGGCAAAAAUGCUGUUAUAAUUUGGAGCAACAGUGGAACGAAUAAGCAGCCAGAAAAUCGAAAAGACCUUUUGAUGGAACAAUAUACGUCCGGUUACAUGAAUGCUCCUAACGGUUUCUCAAAUUAUCCUCCACCUAAUUAUUGGAUGAAUCAACCGCCACCAUACAUGAAUGCUCAUCCAUUACCAUAUGUACAACAGUUCCAUCCGCAUCCACCAGCACCGGCACCAUACAAGUUCCACCAGAGUGAGCCGGUGGCUAAGAGUUUUCCGCCUACACCACCACCGCCGAAGAACUUUGUUAUGGGAGAUUUGCAACAAGGAUGCAAGAUCAUGUAA